AUGAGCGUGGACGGCAACCCCUUGCGGCGCUCGAGCUGGAAGGCCGAGGCCAUACGGCGGGGCGACCUUAAGAUCUCUGGACCCAUACCGAUCACCGAGGACGUGCCGCUGAGCGACGAGGAGGUGAAGGACUUCGAGAAGCAUGGAACGCUGUCUCCAAAGCUGCCGCAGGAUAUCCCCGUGGCCCACCCUACCCAGCAUUUCCCGGGACCACCUCUGGCCCCUCCACCGGCUGCCCCCGUUCUCCAGGGGGAACUCUACCCACAGACACCCAUCGCGCCAGAAGACGAGUCAGAAAAACAAGAAAAAUUUCGUAGCUCGCCGCCUCAGCAGUUGUCCGUCCCUAUGCAGACCACGCCUGAGCGACACCGGAGAAGCGCCACCGAGCCAAUGCCAAUCAGCCCAAUUCCACCCACGCCGGAAACGCCUACACGAGCGGCAACCAGGAAGAAGCGCAAGAGCGGUCUCCGAAAUGUAUUUCGAAAAAUGUUUGGGCGCAAGAGUAGGGAGGAAUUGGACGAGGACGAGGGCCAGCUACCGCAGCGAUCGCAAACCCAGCGGCAGUCUCAACGCGCUAGUCCCACGCCCAUGAAUCCUUUAGGCCAGCACUUGCCGUUUCCAAUGAAUGUAAACGCACCCCAAGAAGUCAGCCCACCGCAUGACUACCUCAGGUUCGAAAUGCCCACGCCAAACCUAAGUCGCCGAAGAGCAACUCUGCCCAACGUCCACGGGAUCUCGGAAACCCAGAGCUUGAAUGGACCAGAGAAACGACUCGACACGUGGGAAGAAAGGCUAUCUGGGGAGUACAUUCCCUCGCCUGAGAUUGGCGUUGCUCUUUCCAGCCCGCCUGGAGAGCGGCAAUCCACCCAAAGCGUCCAAGAGAAGCGUAGAUCGCGAAGUGCAGGCAACUUGCGCGAGAUGACAAAGGGCAGGCCGUCUGUGGAGCGGCGGCGAAGCGCUGAAAUACGGUACUGGAGGAGCAGCUACGCUUCCGGAAGCGUGUACAGCACGAACACUCCGCGACCGCGCACGGCCCAGACCGUAGAGACUGUUCGGAGCAUCGAAGCGCAGGGAGAGCUCCCGGAGUUAAGUGAGAUGGUUACGAAAGCGGUUUCCGUGCAUGCUCCUACUGUAGUUACACAGCACGACCACGACCACGACACCUCGCAGGUCCCACUUCCCGUCGAAGCCUUCAAUUUCGGCAACUUCCGCAGCGACUUCUCCGACGACGAUGACUCGGAACAACCUGCGGAAGGACCCGCAGCUCCGAGCGCACACCCGGAGCGCCGCCUCUCGAUCGAAGACCGCGUGAAGCAUCUCGAAGAGAACAUGCGCUCGCUCGACGCCUCCGUCCGUCGCAUGUCUGGCCGCAGCAACCGACAAACCAUAAUCCUCGACAACGCACCCAAAGGCCGGCGCUCGCGCAACAGAAGUUCGUCUGCCUCAAGCCAGCGCCAGGGCUCGCACCACUCCAGCAAGGGCAGUCACAACACACUGCACCUCCGACAGUACGAAGACGAGAAGCCCGCGCCAGGCUCGCCGGCCCAUCCUCCGCUCUCCGCAGUCAACGAACUGCCCGUAUCGAACGCAGCUCAAGAAGGCGUGGCCGACAUACACGCACAGCUCGCCGCCCUCCAAUCCUCCCUCCAGCACGAGCGCUACGCGCGCAAAGCCCUUGAAGCGCAGGUUUCUACGCUCCAACGCGACCUCGCGGACCUGCACAACCUCGUGCACAAGUUCGUCAGCGCCGCAAGCCCCAGCUACCCCACGCCUAGCCCCGACGCGAUCAUCGCGAGCAACGAGGCGAGCACGCCGCGAGCGAGCGAGCUGAGAGGGCGGGAGCGGGCGAUCAGUGAGAGUUCGACAGACGAUGGAGACGAUAUGGUAAGCCCGGACGAUUGGGCCACGCCAAAGGAGAGCACCCAUACUCUAUUAGUGGUGGACGAGGAGGGAUCAACACGGACGAACGCGCAUGAGCGAUGA